UGUGGGGCAGCACCGCUUUUUCUAUCUUGAUCUGAACUACUAACCAAGUCUUAGAGAGAUCAAAAUUCAAUCCCGUUCUGAGAAAAAAAGAGAAAUGACGUUAUUUGAAUAUGUGCCCAAAAUCCUUAAUGAAUAACUUAGGACGAGUAGGAGGCAAAUGCUGCCCCAGCUGUUUCCUGUUGAAAAUGUCUGUGUAAUGUAGAUAAAUGUGAGGGAUUUUCUCUCUAAAUCCGUCUCCUGUUCGCUAAAUCUCACUUCUCCAAAACGAGCCUGCGCAAUGGAACAAAGUCGGAAUAUUGAGAUGUGACAUUGCCCGCAUCUCAUCCUCUUUCUCCCCGUUUUUAAUGACUUCAAACAAGUUCAUUUUCGCCGGGCUUUGUCUUGCGGAGACCCGUGGGGAUGUCUAGCGCUCUUUCCUUUCAGUGGCAUUUAUGUGAUGUCUUCAAGAGUGCGAUGUGCUGUAUCUCCUGUGGCCACACCCUCUCACUACUGCUGUGCGUCCUCACCCUGACUCCGACGGCAACAGGGGCGGGCCCUGAGACCCUGUGCGGGGCGGAGCUGGUCGACACGCUGCAGUUUGUCUGUGGAGAGAGAGGCUUUUAUUUCAGUAAACCAGGUUAUGGCCCCAACGCACGGCGGUCACGCGGCAUCGUGGACGAGUGCUGCUUCCAAAGCUGUGAGCUGCGGCGCCUGGAGAUGUACUGUGCACCUGCCAAGACUAGCAAGGCAGCUCGCUCUGUGCGUGCACAGCGCCACACAGACAUGCCGAGAGCACCCAAGGUUAGUACCGCAGGGCACAAAGUGGACAAGGGCACAGAGCGUAGGACAGCACAGCAGCCAGACAAGACAAAAAACAAGAAGAGACCUUUACCUGGACAUAGUCAUUCAUCCUUCAAGGAAGUACACCAGAAAAACUCAAGUCGAGGCAGCACGGGGGGCAAAAACUACAGAAUGUAGGGAAGGAGCGAAUGGACAAAUGCCCAGCGACUUGGGAAGAGAGAGGGAAGUGGCCUUACCUGGUACCCCUGUGGAAUGGUUCACUGUAAAACAAAACAAAGAGGAUGCUAGCAAUGGCCCGAAAAGCUCUUCAAAAUGAUUGACACCUGAGAGCUAAGUGGUUUUUAAAGGUUUGAUGAGGGAUCUUGUGAUUAUUUUAUACACUGCACCAUUCCAUAUCGGGAGGAAUUCUUUGUUAAUGCAAUGUAACAAGACUAGUUUAGCUGCUGAGACACGAACAACAGCUUAUUAUACCUCCAUGUGUGAGCUGCAGCAUCCCCCAUGGCUCCAGGAAAGGUGUAUCUGGGCUUCAGCCAAUCAGAGAUCUCAUUGAGAAUGAGUGGUCCGUCCUGUCAAUUGAACUUUUUGAGGUAAAUCCCUUAACUCUGAGAGAGACAGGAUACUUUAACAGUUAGUACCCCAGUUCAAAGCUGAUAUUUUACCUUCAGAAUUUGUUUUUAUGCACCAUGCAUUACUGUGGAUUUUUUCUAAUAUGUAAAAAAACAAAGUCUGCUUUAAAGACAAAGACCAGGUGGUUCAUCAUCAGAAUUAAAACAUUGUUGUAGUUAUUUUACCUUGAGCCCGAGUCAAAUCCCUACUAAGUGGAGUUGCUAGAAGGUUUGAGACCAAUCCAAAUCCCUCCUAAGCCCCAGGAAGUGUCGAGAACCUGACGACUGAGUCUACAAUCCAAACACUUCUCUGACAACAGAUCAAGCGCCAUUAAAGGGGAUUUUGAAGAAAGGUGGAAGCACAGUAGGUACUAGAGAAACAAGACAGUGGCUUUAAAAAACAGAACAACAAAUUAUCCGGGAGCUAAAUUGAAUCAGAGAUAUUUUUUUUCGGCCGGUCGGAGCCCGUUUGGUUGUCAGAAAUGGGUCAUCCAGCGGAUUCAAAGUGCAUUUGGCAUCCGCAAGUGGAAUAAGCCAAAUAGCAACAAUCAGGCGGAAUGUUUGUCGUCUGCAUCCUUUUCCCAAUACGCGAGCCCGGCCAAAUCCGAUUUUUGUCAACGGUUCAGUUAUGCGGUGAACAUUUCAGCUUGAGCGGAGGUUCAAGGUUAAUCACAAGUCAUAAAUGUUUAGUUGCAGUGAGUCAGCAAGCGCCCUAACAAUAAAUAAAUUAACAACUACCAGGAUUGAAAAUGAAAUCUUUUUCUUUCUUUCAUGAGGAGAUUAUUCCCAGAGAUGUUACUAUCGAAGGUUGUAACAAUAGCCUCAUAAAUGGGAAAGUUUAAUGAUUGAUCUUGGCCUGUGGUAUUUUGUUAGCUUAGGGAGGCCGAGAACUUUGCUACCUUAGUUGUUGCUUGGACUGCGUUAUCUGCCACUCCAUGGCAUCUGUUGCAAAGUCCACCGGAGAGACACGCAGAUUGAACAAUUUGGUAAAUAUUGCCGACCGAAAUGACAAGUCCUCUGGAGACGUGACACAUACCGACACACGAAUACACAUUCAGAGUCACCCACAGUGUAAAUGAGAGUUGUGCAACCGUGAGCGAAGGUCAAGCACACAAAUCACAAGUUUCAUGAAAAGCCAGUUCUGAGAAGUCCUUGCAUGAGGACUGACUAACGGCUGUUUGUCCGAGCCUCCAUAAAAACGCCCAAGACAACCCAUCUCUGGCUCUGCCUCCUCUGCCUGUGUAUAAUCAAACAGUACUCCCAUUAUGUUAACCUAUGCAUUACUAUCAUUCAUUGUACAUGAUGGUUUCAUAUAACAAAACUGUAUUAAGAAUCCUAUCCACUGUAUAAUGGUGCUAUUUUGUAGUUUGUUACUUGCGAGAGAUGGCUGAGACAGACUGAUGGCAGGGCUUACGUUGGAGGUCUUCCCUUUUGCACAGCCUUGUGGCCACCAUUUUAAUAGUGUUUUUAUUUGUAAGCUGUUUCAAUAAGGUAGUAGUGUAAGCGAGUAAAUGUAUCUGUGUGAAAUCUGUGAAUGCAUGGAGAAUUACAAAAAAAAGAAGAAGAAAAAGAAUACAACAUGUUGUGGUCCCAAGAAGGCAAAAUGCUAUUUUUUCUACUGUUUUUAAAUUAUUUUCUCAAUAUAGAUCCCUUAUGCCAAAUAACUUGACAAUAGUACUGUGAACUGUGAUUCCUCCAAUUGUAUUGAGAUUGUUUAAAGUCAUGGUGUGCUUUUGUCUAUCCAGAGGUGUGUGUGUGUGUGUGUGUGUGUGUACGUACACCUCACUGGAAGCAAAGGUACUGACUAUUAAAACAGCUUAAAGUGAGACUACGCAACUUUUGCUAAAUGCCAACCACCGUGGCUACAUGUGGCUAGUUCAAUUAAGCUCAUUAGCAGCGGGUAAACCUCUCCAAGCUAACCACUCAUUAACAGUGUUAGCGUAAUAAUUCUAUUUGCCAGAAAGGGGAGACAAAUGUUCUGCAUGGCACGUUUAAAAUGCUCUAUGUCAUUCUCAUAUCUGUCAAUUAGCCUCCGCAGCUUAGCUUAGCAUAAAGACAAUUAGCCUUAGCGUAACAUAAUCCACCUGCUAGCAUCGCUAAAGCUCACACAUAAACAUAAAGUGACUCAAAAUGUGUCGCUUCUGCACCUUGGUUAUUAAAGAUUGGUUAAACGAGAUGUAUGAGUUAGCAUUUGAGCCUUAGAGGACCUGAACCAAGCCAGCUGCUUGCCUGAUUCUAGUCUUUAUGCUAAGCUAAGCUAACUAGCUCCCAGAUUUGGCUUCAUAUUUACAGGUAUGAGAGUGAUGUUUAUCAUCCCACAGAUUAGCCUGCAUGAGCUACUGGUAAUAUUCGGCCAAAUUAGGCUGUAAUGACAAAACCCUAGACCAGGGGUCUCAAACUCAUCUUAGUUCAGGUUCCACAUUCAGCCCAAUUUGAUCUCAAGGGGACCAGACCAGUAAAAUCACAGCAUAAAAACCUAUAAAUAAAUAUAACUCCAAAUUUUUCCUUUGUUUUAAUGCAAAAAAGUACAUUCUGAAAAUGUUCACAUUUAAGUAAUUAUCUUUUGACAAAACAUUAUGAACAACCUGAAAUUUGUUCUGAAAAACAGGUUUAAUUUCAGCAUCAUUAUGCCUCAGUUUAUCAUUUCCACAUUACAACUUACAGAUCAGAGUGUUUCUACAAAGGAACACAACAUUUAGUCACAGGUAUCUAGGAGUGAAUGAUGUAGCAUGUUACAGUAUGAUCAAAAUGACAGAAGUCAGACAAAAAAAGACCAAAAGAAACAGCAAAAACAAGACAAAUUAUUAUAAAAAUCAGACGCAAAAUGAGACACAAAACGACAAAAAAUGUGACAAAUGACAUGGAAAAAAGAGACAAAAAAUUAGACAAAAAAGUUACAAAGCGACUAAAAAAUGGACAAUUGAUAAAAAUGAGGCCAAAAAAUUACACAAAUGACACAGACAAGACCAAAAAUAACAAAAGCGAGAAACAAAACAAAAAAGUCGACUAAAAACACAAACGAGACAAAAAGGAAACACAAAACGGCAAAAACAAGAAGCAAAAUGACAAAAACAUGAGACAACAAAAAUCAGACAAAAAAAAACAAGACAAAAUAUUACACAAAUGAGACACAAAAUGACAAAGAGAACAAUCUAGUAUUUUACUUCAUGAUCAAAUCAACUUGUCAUGGUCUAGAAAUUAUUUUACAUUUAUAGUUUUACUAAUUUACAAUCUGCAGUUAAUGUUUUCUCUGUAAUUUUUACACUUUGAGGACCAGAUUGGACCCUCUGGAGGGCCGGUUUUGUCCCGUGGGCUGCAUGUUGGACACCCCUGCUCUAGAGUGUAUAUAACCAGUACAAGGCACUUUUUGCUUUGAAAUUCAACUUUUGAUAUUUGACAGGAAACCAUUUUUCGUUCCCUCAAAAGUUCCAUGGUCUCGCUUUAAGUCGACGCCAGGAGUUUAAUUUAUUUUGUCCAAAACAUUUGUUAGCAGCUCUCUCGAUUAAAUCUUACUUUUCGAGAUUUCAUUUUAAAUGUGUGCUUUUCUCAAUACCAAGGUGUUAAAAUGGAAAUUUGCUCUAUGCUUUAGUGUCUGUUCCUUACAAAUUGUCUCGUCGGUCGGCCUGGCGACUGGAAUGAAAAAGAAGCUGGUUGGAGAACGGCUCUGGUCCUCCCAGAUCUUCAGACAUACAGUACAAACCAAAGACUUUUUGAUGCGAACGAAGCCUCACUCUGCAUUGUUAUUUCACAAACUAAACCUGUGACCAGUUCAUUAAAUAUCAAUUGAUGCUAUCCCUGUCUCAACUGCACUGCAGCUACGAUACGCCCUUCACACACAGUUUCUGGUACCUGAAUGCAGCUUGUGUAUUAAAAAGUAAAGCGAACCAGACAGAAGUCCUUCGUUGUAUCUGGUAUAUUCGGAGCGGUGAUGCAGAAAGCCACAACUUCAAACCGUCUGACUAUGAAUCAUUUAAAACAUUUCAGUUUGUCAGUUGUUUGAAACAAUCAAUAAAGCCAAGAAAGUGAGAGCGACUCUGUGAAGUGUUUAAUGAGAAAAUAUGAUUUCCUGAAAGCUCACUGUCCAAAAACUGUUUGACUACAGCGCUGUUAUUUAUGGUGCUCGAUUGCCUUCUGUAGAAAAAAAAUACAAACUGUUCACCAUUCCUGCUGAAUAAACCACUUGUCAAAAUCACAAAAAA